AUGACGUCAACAACAACACCUAGCGCAGUGGAUGCUGCUACUUCCGAGAGAGCAUCGUCACUCGACGAACAAGUCAUUUCCAAAAUUCAGGGCGGAGAUUUCAUCGUCGAUUGGCUCGGUCCAGAUGACAAAGGGUAUCCUCAGAAUUUGCCCACGCCACGAAAAUGGCUCAUCACUCUGGUUUUGGCUCUUUUUGUACUGUCGACGACAUUCUCGUCAUCAGUUUUCAGUGCUGCAGCGUCUGUUACAGCCAAUGAGUUCAACACUACUGUCCAGACUAUGGUUUUUGGAGGAACUUCAUUGUUCAUGUUUGGCUUCGCUCUCGGCCCUAUCAUCUUUGGACCCCUCUCUGAGCGCUAUGGAAGGAAGCGUCCUUUGAUGACUGGGUACGUUACCUUCGCUCUUCUCCAACUUCCAGCAGCCAACGCCCAGAGUCUCUUCACUCUCUUCCUCUUCCGUUUUCUUCAAGGAACAUUCGGAGCAGCCCCUUCUGCCAUUCUCAGCGGAACAUUGGCGGACAUUUGGACCCCGAAGCAGAGAGGCUUCGCCAUGCCAUGCACUGGAACUUUUCUCAUGAUUGGUCCCGUAAUUGGUCCAAUGGUUGGAUCAGUCAUCGUUAAGAGUCCAUUGGGAUGGCGUUGGAUCUUCAACAUAACGGCUAUUGUUGCUCUUGCCGUUGCUGGGAUUACAUAUCCAGCUUUGUCCGAAACAUAUUCUCCGACUCUGCUAGAGAGACGCGCAAAACGGAUGCGUCAUAUGACUCGCAACUGGGCAUUGCGAGCCAAAUCGGAAGAGCUAGACACUAGUCUCCAUGAUGUUGUCGAGAAGUGUCUAUCUCUUCCUGCGAAAAUGCUUGUUCUGGAACCGAUCCUGCUCUUGAUGUCCACUUAUAUAUCAGUGGUAUUCGGGCUGAUGUACAUAUUCUUUCUCGCCUAUCCGAUAUCUUUCGCACGAGAACGUCACUGGGAUGAGACCUCUGCCGGUCUUCCUCUCCUGUCCAUCCUUUUCGGAACACUCCUUGGCGGUGCUCUCAUCAUCGCGACAGUCAACACCAGACUGUCCCCGGAUCCCAAGGCUGGCCGUCCUCAGGAGAACAGACUGCUGCUGAUGAUGAUUGGAACAGUCUGCCUCCCUGUUGGAAUGUUCUGGUUUGCCGCAACAAGCUCACCAUCAACAAAUCCAUGGCCCCAGAUCAUAGCUGGAAUACCUAUGGGAAUGGGCAUCAUCUUGAUCAAUAUGCAAGGAAUGAACUACAUUGUCGACUGCUAUGGCAUCAACUCGAAUUCUGCUAUUGCAGCAAACACAUUCAUGCGGUCGCUCUUCGCUUCUGGAUUCCCUGUCUUUGCGACUUCAAUGUAUACCACGAUCGGUGUUGCUCGUGCCACUUCAAUUUUGGGGCUUUUUGGUAUUAUUCUGGCACCUAUUCCGUUUCUUUUUUAUCACUAUGGUGACCAGAUUCGGGCUCGAAGCAGAUGGUCACCUACGUACGGUAAGUAA